AUGGCCUCGUCGGGGGACUCUCAGAGUUUAUCCGAAUGGGAGGGGCGGUGGGGAGGGGGCCCACGAGUGGGGGAAAAACCGCACAAAGGCCGAAUGGGGGCAGACACCCACCCGGUUCUAACGGAACUGGCUAGUUGGAACGAAAUCCGGAAUGAGUCUCCAACUGACAAGUCACCAGCUGACAAGUCACCAGCUGACAAGUCUCCAACUGACAAGUCUCCAACUGACAAGUCACCAACUGACAAGUCUCCAGCUGACAAGUCACCAACUGACAAGUCUCCAGCUGACAAGUCACCAGCUGACAAGUCACCAGCUGACAAGUCUCCAGCUGACAAGUCUCCAACUGACAAGUCUCCAACUGACAAGUCACCAACUGACAAGUCUCCAGCUGACAAGUCACCAACUGACAAGUCUCCAGCUGACAAGUCACCAACUGACAAGUCACCAGCUGACAAGUCACCAGCUGACAAGUCUCCAACUGACAAGUCUCCAACUGACAAGUCACCAACUGACAAGUCUCCAGCUGACAAGUCACCAACUGACAAGUCUCCAGCUGACAAGUCACCAGCUGACAAGUCUCCAACUGACAAGUCUCCAGCUGACAAGUCACCAGCUGACAAGUCACCAGAUGACAAGUCUCCAACUGACAAGUCACCAGAUGACAAGUCUCCAACUGACAAGUCUCCAGCUGACAAGUCACCAGCUGACAAGUCACCAGAUGACAAGUCUCCAACUGACAAGUCACCAACUGACAAGUCUCCAGCUGACAAGUCACCAGCUGACAAUUCACCAGCUUUUCAGUGUCAGCGGAACAUCCGUAAAACGACCUGUCAAAUAAGCGGUUAUUCGGGUUACGUGUUGUCAUCCCGAACCACGGGGUACCAGUGUGCGGGAGUGACGUUUCCGUCGAGAACUCUUUAG